UACAGGUAUUGGCGACGGAGGGAGAUUCUGUCACUCUACACAGUAAUUUUACAGACAUACAGAUGGAAGAUCGAAUCAUGUGGAUGUUUGGACCUCUAGAGACUUUAAUUGCUGAAAUCAUAAAAAAAGACCAGCACAUAUAUGGUUAUGAUAAUGGGAUAUCCCCAGACAGACUCCAUCUUAACAGUGAAACUGGAGAUCUCACCAUAACAAACACCUGCCAAACAGACUCUGGAGUCUAUAAACUACAGAUCAACAGUCAGUAUUUCAGAUGCAGUGGUUUCAGUGUUACUGUCUAUGCUCGUCUGCCCAUUCCUGUCAUCACCAGAGACUCUCCACAGUGUUCAUCAUCAUCAUCAUCAUCAUCAUCUUCAGAAAGGUCAUCAAAAUGUUCAUUGGUGUGUUCAGCUGUGAAUGUGGGUCAUGUGACUCUCUCCUGGUACAAAGGAAACAGUUUAUUGUCCAGCAUCAGUGUGUCUGAUCUCAGCAUCAGUCUCUCUCUACCUCUGGAGGUGGAAUAUCAGGAUAAAAACAGCUACAGCUGUGUGCUCAACAAUCCCAUCAGCAACCAGACUCAACAUCUGGACAUCACUCAGCUCUGUCCAGAUCAGAGCCAGGCUCUAAUGAUAAGUGGUUGGACUUUUGCUGGUGUUUUAUUGUUUGUGCUGGUCAUCUUUGCGGGUGUGAAAGUCUGGAAUUGUAAACGAGCAAAUCAAAAUGCAGAUGCCGGGAGCCGAACUGAGACGAGUCAAAAUCCACAAACAGUGGCAUCUAAUGGGGACAUACCAGACACCAGCCCUGAUUAACAGGACAAUGAAGAUUUGAUUCCCAAUUCAUCCUCCUUAAGGGCACCGCAGGAAUCUAUCUGUUUAUCUCAUCUGUGCUGCAGAUAGUUACAGACGAUAGUCACACAGCAGGAUUUAUCAAACAACAUUUUCACUCUUGCAAUUGGUGAUUAGUGAUAACUAAAUAGGUUUAUACAGAGAGAGAGAGAGAGAGAGAGAGAGAAGAUCCUCCCUAUUUAUGCAAAAUACGCAAGCUGUGUAGGGCCCUAGAAACACCAGAGGGCCCCCUCGCUCUCAAAUAUGAUUUAAUUUUAGUUUCGAUUUUGAAUUUGGCAAGCGGUUGUUUUUGUCCUUUUUUCUCUCUCUCUCUCUCUGCCUUUAACUUGCCAUUCUCCAUGUUAAAAUUAGAUAAUGCCGGUUAUU